GCGCCAUAGAGGGAGUGGUGGACAUCACAAAGCUCUGCCUGAUGGAGAUGAACAAGGAGGAACUGGCCGACACACUGUGGGCCGGAUCUGCUGUUGUCGAGUGCCAACGUAAAAUCAAGUCUCAUUUGAAGAAGAAGUUCAGACGUGUGUUUGAGGGAAUCCCUAAAGCAGGACAGCCAACAGGUCUGAACGACUUCUACACAGAGCCCUUCAUCACAGAGAGAGGCAGUGGAGAGGUCAACAAUGAACAUGAGAUCAGACUGAUUGAAACUGCUUCCAGGAAACCAGCCAAGGAGGAAACACCAAUCAGAUGUGAAAACAUCUUUAAACCCUUACCUGGACAAAAUCAACCGAUAAGAACAAUAAUGACAACUGGAGUGGCCGGCAUUGGUAAAACCAUCUUGACGAACAAGUUCACUCUGGACUGGGCUGAAGGCAAAGCCAACUGUGACAUACACUUCACAUUUCUCCUCACUUUCAGAGAGCUGAAUUUACUGAAAGGGGAAGAGUUUAGCCUGGUGGAACUGCUUCAUCACUUCUUCAUCGAGACCAAAGAAGCAGGAAUCUGCAGAUUCCACCGGUUCCAAGUUGUCUUCAUCUUGGAUGGUCUGGAUGAAUGUCGACUUCCUCUGAACUUUCAGAACAACCCGAUCUGGACUGAUGUCACAAAGUCCACAUCGGUGGACGUGCUGCUGACAAACCUCAUCAGGGGCGUCCUGCUUCCCUCCGCUCGCAUCUGGAUAACCACACGCCCUGCGGCAGCCAACCAGAUCCCUGCUGAGUGUGUUGACAUGGUGAGAGAGGUGAAAGGGUUCACCGACCAACAGAAGGUGGAGUACUUCAGGAAAAGAUUUGAAGAGGAGACACUGGCCAACACAAUCAUCUCCCACCUUAAGAAAUCACGAAGCCUCCACAUCAUGUGUCACAUCCCAGUCUUCUGUUGGAUCAUUGCUACAGUUCUGGAGGACUUCUUCAAAACAUCCAAGAUAGGAGAAGAGAUGCCCAAGACCGUGACUCAGAUGUACAGCUACUUCUUGAGGGUUCAGUCCAUACAGGGGGACAGGAAGUACCGUGGGAAAGCUGAAACAGAUCCAGACUGGAGUUCAGAGAGCAGGGAGAUGAUUGUUACUCUGGGAAAACUGGCUUUUAACCAGCUGGAGAACGGCAACCUGAUCUUCUACGAGGCAGACCUGGCAGAUUGUGGCAUCGAUAUCAGAGCAGCCUCAGUGUACUCAGGAGUGUUCACCCAGAUCUUUAAAGAGGAGUGUGGGCUGUACCAGGACAAAGUGUUCUGCUUUGUCCAUCUGAGCAUCCAGGAGUUUCUGGCUGCCCUUUAUUACAUUCUGUCUUUCCUUGACAUUGGUGUCAAGCUGGUCUCAGAAGAACAACAAACCUCCCAGGAACAGGAACUCCUCCUCCUCAACCAGAGAUUUGUGGACAAGGCCUUGCAGAGUGAGAACGGACACCUUGACUUGUUCCUCCGCUUCCUCCUGGGCCUCUCUCUGGAGACAAAUCAGAAUGUUUUACAAGGUCUGCUGGGAAAGACAGGGAGCGGCCCAGUGUUCCAACAGGGAAUAGUCUCAUAUAUAAAGGAGAAGAUAAAUGAAGAUCUCUCUCCAGAGAGAAGCAUCAAUCUGUUCCAUUGUCUGAAUGAGCUGAACGACCGUUCUCUAGUGGAGGAGAUCCAACAGUCCCUGACAUCAGGAAGUCUCUUCAAAACACAUGUCUCCCCUGCUCAGUGGUCAGCUCUGGUCUUCAUCUUGCUGUCAUCAGAAGAGGAGCUGGAAAAGUUUGACCUGAAGAAAUAUUCAGCUUCAGAGGAGGGUCUUCUGAGGCUGCUGCCAGUGGUCAAAGUCUCCAAAACAUCUCUGUUGAAUGGCUGUUAUCUGUCAGAGAGAUGCUGUGAAUCUCUGGCCUCAGUUCUCAGCUCCAAUUCAUCUAUUCUGAGAGAGCUUGACCUGAGUAACAAUUAUCUGAAGGAUUCAGGAGUGAAGCUGCUCUCUGCUGGACUGGGGAGUCCACACUGUACACUGGAAAUUCUCAGGUUGAAUGGCUGUGAUCUGUCAGAGGGAUGCUGUGAAGCUCUGGCCUCAGUUCUCAGCUCCAACUCCUCUAGUCUGAGAGAGCUGGACCUGAGCACCAAUGAUCUGCAGGAUUCAGGAGUGAAGCUGCUCUCUGCUGGACUUGGGAGUCCACACUGUACACUGGAAACUCUCAGGCUGACUGGCUGUCAUCUGUCAGAGACAUGCUGUGAAGCUCUGGCCUCAGUUCUCAGCUCCAACUCCUCUAGUCUGAGAGAGCUGGACCUAAGUACCAAUGAUCUGCAGGAUUCAGGAGUGAAGCUGCUCUCUGCUGGACUGGGGAGUCCACACUGUACACUGGAAACUCUCAGGUCAGUUUUACUCAAUGGUACUCAAACAGUUGCACCACAAGUUCUACAUCAGAGGACAGUUAUAAACCCAUCUUAUAUCUCAGUACCUGUGAUGACCACAUCCAUGACUUUGUAUCAUUGGGGAUGUAACACCUUGUUGUUAGGAUGGAUAUUCUAAUACAUCCAUAUGCCUGCAAUCUUUCAAUUAUAAAUAUAAAAUGAACUCAAAAUAUAAUACUAUUGCCCCCCCACUGUCCCCUCUAUAGGAGACAAUGAUAGUUUAGAGCGGGGUGAAGUCUUUGGAGGGUCUUACCCCUAGCUGGACACCUCAGACCCCCUGAAAGCCUCAACAGAAACAUUUUGGAGGGUCUCUGGAAAGAAUGAUUUGAAACUUGCAAUUGUCAAACAAAACGUGUUUUGAAGCUUACUAUAUCCAGUACUCAUUAUUUAAAUAGCUAAUUCUUUACUCACAAAUAUGGAUAGGAUACAGAAUAACUUGUUAUUCAAUAUAACAAUAUAUAUUGUUAUAUUGUGUACCCAGUGAAGAGACAAACUCCUUAAAGCUCUAUUCAUUAUGAUCAAAUAAAUAAGGAAAGCCAAGGAUUAAUACUUGUUAAUUGAUGGUUAAAGGGGACCUAUUAUGCUUUUUCGACCUUUAUGACCUAUAAACGUUGUUAUAAUGAUUGAUAGUCAUGUUUGAUCAUACACAAAAACUAUGUCGAUUUUC